UCUCUUUCAGAUUAAUUGAAAGAAGAAUGAGCUGUAGUCCUUGAAGCAAGCUGGGCAAAUUUUCUUUGAGUAUAAAUUUUGAUUGUAGCAGUUCAAGUGCUGCCAAAGGCUCUUGCUGGUAUCAGGAUCUCUCCAAACCUUCAGUUUGCCAACCCAGACCAACACCAUCUUUUUAACAGGGGGACCAUUUUUCCUCCCUUUUCGGUGUCUUGGGUGGCGAAAAAUUAAAUUUGACUGCAUCUUUUUGACUUGCGUUUUGGACUGUUGGCUUUAUGACACAAACGGUGGCUUGAAAGUGAAUAGAACUUGGGCAUCUUGGAUUGAGGGAAUUGAUACCUUACUUUCAAAACAUAUCAGAGGAAUUUGAGCAAACAUAUAGGCUUCCUCAUUGCCAUUCCUCUUAAAAGUUAUCUUGUAAUUACAGACAAAAAAAUUCCUUAUCUGCGGUGAAAUUAUAUUACAGUUUAAGCGGAACCCAAACAUUGUCAAAUCUCUUGAGUAAAGAGCUUUUUCUGGAAAUCGAAUUUUCCAGAGAGUGUAGCCACAAGUAUUCGUAUACAUUGUUUUUCUCUCUUCUAAUAAGAAACUCAAUGAAAAUGCAAAUCUCAGACUGAAUUUUUUUUUUAACACGUGUUCAACAAUGGAAAAUCGACAGGCAAAUUUCUCUGAGGCUGAGGGCGCAAGUAAAAAACUGAAGGGGAUGGGAGAUGAUGAUGGCAGCCCUCCGGUGAAAAAAAUGAUGACCGACUUUCAUGCCAGUGGAAAAAUGCUGACCGGUAAGGGGCUGACAGUAAAGAAGGAGCACGUGGAAGACUAUGGAGAAGCACCGGUGGAGAGGAAUGGAGAGCAUGUCAAGCGAACCUGUACCUCUGUGCCUGAAUCCUCCAACCUAAAUCCCAAUUUGAAACACACCCUGGCGCAAUUUCAUCUAAGUAGUCAGAGCUCUCUGGGUGGGCCAGCAGCGUUUUCGGCUCGGUACUCCCACGGAAGCAUGUCACCCAGUGUUUUUCUUCCUCUUCCUUCUCCUCAAGUUCUUCCUGGCCCACUGCUCAUCCCUUCUGAUAGCUCCACAGAACUGACCCAGACUCUGUUGGAGGGGGAGUCUAUUUCUUGUUUUCAGGUUGGAGGAGAAAAGAGACUAUGUUUGCCCCAAGUCUUAAAUUCUGUGCUCCGAGAAUUUUCACUCCAGCAAAUAAAUACAGUGUGUGAUGAACUCUAUGUAUAUUGUUCAAGGUGUACUUCAGACCAGCUUCAUAUCUUGAAGGUCCUGGGAAUACUUCCCUUCAACGCCCCAUCCUGUGGGCUGAUCACCCUAACCGAUGCACAAAGACUAUGUAACGCGUUAUUGCGGCCUCGCACUUUUCCUCAGAACGGUAGUGUGCUUCCUCCUAAAAGCUCAUUGGCCCAGUUGAAGGAAACUGGCAGUGCCUUUGAAGUGGAACAUGAAUGCUUGGGCAAAUGUCAGGGUCUGUUUGCACCCCAGUUUUAUGUUCAGCCUGAUGCUCCCUGCAUUCAGUGUCUGGAAUGCUGUGCAAUGUUCGCACCGCAAACAUUUGUGAUGCAUUCUCAUAGGUCACCUGGCAAAAGGACUUGCCACUGGGGCUUUGAAUCUGCCAAAUGGCAUUGCUAUAUUCACGUGAAUCCCAAAUACUUAGGAACACCUGAGGAAAAGAAACUGAAGAGAAUUUUAGAAGAAAUGAAAGAGAAAUUUAGCAUGAGAAAUGGGCAGAGAACUCAACCCAAGAUGGUGACAUCACCUGGAAUGGAUUUGCAGUCGUGGUAUCCUGUUAUAAAGCAGGAAGGUGACCAUGUUUCUCACACACAUUCGUUUCUGCAUCCCAGUUACUACUUAUACAUGUGUGAUAAAGUGGUUGCCCCAAAUGUGUCUCUGACUUCUGCCACACCUCAGUAUAGAGAGGGCACAGGGAUGGAGGCAUGUAAGUCCACACCAAGACAGCCCGAGAAGCUGCACAGCCAUGUCAAACGCCCCAAACUAGCGUCUUACCCAGAUGGCUCUCUCAAGGACCAGGAGAAUCUGGAUUUGAAAACAAGUAGAGGAUUGUAUAGCCGUGUUGAUCCACCAAUAUCAAAUAACUCUACAAGUAAAAAGAAAUCUGAAUCUGCCUCCAAUUUAGUCAGAGACACAAGCAAGGCCAUGGUUGGUCAAGAUGCUGCAGCUUCAUCUCCACUCCCUGUCAAAGACGUCCCUUGUGAGGAUGACAAGGGGAAAAUCAUGGAAGAAGUUGUGAGAACUUAUAUCAAACAACAGGAAAAACUGAACUCAAUUUUGCAGAAGAAGCAGCAACUUCAGAUGGAAGUGGACAUGCUGAGUGGUUCCACAGUCAUGAAGGAACUGACUGAGGAGCAGCAACAUUUACAGAAGGAGCUGGAGUCUUUGCAGAACGAGCAUGCUCAAAGAAUGGAGGAAUUCUACAUUGAACAGAGGGACUUAGAGAGAAAAUUAGAGCAGGUUAUUAAGCAAAAGUGUACCUGUGAUGCCAACAUAGAAAAAGAUAAAGAAGUCGAAUAUGCAGCGCAGCUGGCCGAGCUGAGACAGAGACUGGACCAUGCUGAGGCCGAUAGGCAAGAGCUCCAGGAUGCACUCAGACAGGAGCGGGAGGCAAGGCAGAAGUUGGAGAUGAUAAUUAAAGAGCUCAAGCUGCAGAUUUUGAAAUCUAAGACUUCUAAAGAAUAGAAGCCUUCAAAGAGAUUCAUCUAUGUGCUCUUGAACAGGGUUUUUCGUCUGUCUGUUGUGGUCUUAGAAUUGUGAACAACUUCUACGCGUGUAUGAAGAUAACAAGACAUUCUAUCCAUUUGUAGAUCCGAGAAAGUGAAAGAUUCUAUAUUAGUAUAUAGAUUUUUACAUUUUUCAAAUGAAUGAAAGUGUAUGUUUCUUUGUACUCCCCGCUCCUCCCAACUGACUAGUCACAAGACUCUUACAAGUUUUCAACUAGUAGAUAAGCUGCCUAUAUUUCUAAUGCAAACUUCAGAGUUGUAUACUUUUUUAAAGCUGCGUUGUGUGAUAGGAAAUCGCUGUGGUCCACUUUGUUAUCCCUGCCUCAGACUCACUUUUCCAUGCACCAGUGACUUCAUGUUUCAGAUACACAGAGCUACUCAGAAGGGGUUGGCUCUCCGUUUCUUUUCCAUGAGCACAGUCUCCUAAAUUGAUGAUAGUGUUGUGUAUUCAUUGUUACACAGACAGCGUUGCUUUUACUUUGAACAGCUAUGGGGGUGAAUUUUCGCCCAUUUUCUUCUUUUCCUUGUCUCCUGCGAUGACACUUUGUGCAAAGAGAGAUUCCAGUGAUGAGGUUACAGCGCACCCUAUGGGCACAACGGGGAAGGCAACAUGCUUUGUUGGGCACUGCUGCUGAAAACAAGCAGUUGGGAUUUGUCUUUGAGUUUAAAUGUGGUUAUAUUUAGAUUAAAAAAUAAGUAAAUUUAAAUCCAGUAACUUCAGAAGAGGGGAUAAAAAAUAAUACUUAUACAGCUUUGUUUAUGUUAGUAGUGGUGUGAAAACAUUCGUGUUCUUGAGAAAGCUGCCCUCAGUGAUGUGUGUCUUUUCCCCAGACCUUUCCCUCCUGUACAGGUUGUCAGGGGUAGCUCUGUGUCUUACUGACGUUUAUACGAUGGACUCAUUUCUUUAAUGGAUUUGUUCUCCUUUAGAUUGUAAAAUAGUAAACCCUGCAAGGUUACUUUGGACUUUCGUAUGUUUAAAUGUUAAGAUAAGUCUUACCAAAAUUUGCACGAAUGGACCAUUUUCAAUUACUGCUUAAUAUUAAAAUCAGGAAUUUACCGUUAACUGAUCGUGUAUGAUAGGCUCAUAUAGGAAAAUUUAGUUAUCUCCUACUGUAUUGUUUUAGAUAAUUUUAGCGAAGACAGCAGUUCCAUAGUUUGGGGAGGGGCAGAAUCUGCACUUUUUUUUGCACAGAAAAGUCUUAUUCUUUCAUGGAAAGUUUCUUGUUAGUUGAGUCUUUUUAAAGAUAGUGGUAAGAUUCUUCAGAUGACUCUUAAAAAGGAAGAGUCCUGAAGCUAUCACUAAUUUGCAUUCUUUUCUCUUGAUUUUUAUGUUUCUUGUAUUUUCUCAUGAGGUACGGUGUGAAAUUACUUAACGAGAGCUACAUUUGUUCUUAAAGUGAAUUAGCUAUACUAUUCUUAGGGUAAAGGUAGAUGCUCUACUUACUGUUAAUAGAGCUUUAAAAUCAUUAGGCUGUCCUUUAAGCAGUGUUCAUAUUUUGAUUAAUGGUACUCCCAUAUCCAAAUAUAUUUUUCAAAGUGUGGUUUCUUCACUGCGCAUGAGAGUGUGACCUUGAGAGUAAGUGUGCUGAAAUUGUACAACUUCACCCUGUCCUUGGAAUUCUCAAGAAGAAACAUCCUAAAAUGACAUAUUGUCAUAAACAUAAAAUACCUUUUAUUUAGGUCUGGAGAAAGAAAAAUCACAAAAGACACUUAGGACACAGUUUUCCUUGUGAAUUAAGUGCUGCAGCUUGCCUUUUGGAAGACACUUAGCCCCUAUAUUUUCAUGUAUUUUUUUACUCUAUUGAACUUUUUUUGGCCUAUGUUAACUUUAGUAAAUGAUAAGCUUAUUUAACUUUUAACCCAGAACUUCUAAAAUUAACUAUUUAAUCUUGGAGAUAGGUUAUUUUAAAAAUUCUCAAUGUUGCCUAAAUACCAGUAAACAGCGCUAAAACUCAUUUAGAACGGAGUCCACAAUACUUGUAGCCCUUACCUGCCAUUGUGCGGUCUUCCUUUUAUGGAAGAUGCAUUGAUGUGCCAUAAGUCUGUCUUAAUGCUUCUUUGAAAAUAGUUUUUUAGUCACUUGUGAAUAUUAUACCCAUUCCAGUUGAGAGUAAUUGUAUGUUAAGUUGCACCACAUAGCUUUCAAAAGUUCAGAAAUUUUGUGAUGCUUUAAAAGUGGCCACUGCCACUAAACUAUCUUACCCAUAUAAAUUUAUUCUGUGCAUGCUCAUUUGUGUUCUUGGUUGCUAGUUUAAGCUUUGUUUUUGACACGGUUUUUGUGUGCCAAAUUUUUUAGGUGAGCAAAUAUUUUCCUCAGCCUUUGUAAUGUUAUUCUUUUCAGGAAAAAUAGAAAAAUGUUUACUCCGAAGUGAAGAAAUGGCCUAUAAAAAACUGUGCCACAUCAGGAAGAAACACUCAAAUAAUUACCUUUCAGGGUGAGGGGUCAGGCUUAAUUUUGAAUGGUAGUAGUUUCUUAAAAUUGAUGAGAAAUGUACCACAUUUACAAAGGCAGGAGUGUAAAUAACAACAACAACAAAAAGCCCUUCCUGCUGUCACUGAAGAAGCUCUACAUCACCCCUUUCUUACACAGGCUUGUUAACACUAUAAAAGGAUUUGGCCAAGAACUUAAGUUUGUGGCUUCUACCAGUUUUUGUAAUGCAUAUUCUUUUGCUUAAAUUUCUGUGUACAUGAGAGGAUGGUUUCUGCUUCAUGAACUAAUUUUAUAACAUUUAAUAUAUUAACAGUCUAGACAAAAUCAUUUGUAUAUAUUGAAUUGUAGAGCAGUUACUAAAGUAGGUAAAUAAAGAGGGAGUACAAUGGUAUUUGUAGGGUAGCAAUAUAUUUUAGAAGUCAAGACAGAAUAGCUAGUGUAUUUGCACAUCUGUGGCUUCAGUUUGAAAGAAAGGACAAUGAUGAAUGAACUUUCGUAAUAGGAAAAGUGCUCAAGGUAUUGGGAUAAAAUUCAAAGAUGGUGAUGAAGGUUGUUUUUUUAGUGUGAAUUAGGUGGUGGUGAAGGGUUUUCAUUAGCUCCUAUGAUUUUUUUUUUCCCCUCAAAGGUAACAUUUAUGUUUUGAUUACUUAGGGAAGAAGUCCACACUUUUUUCUUUAUGCAUUUAAUCCACAUGACAGGACAUUAUAAAUUGAGAUAGUGGAGAGUUGUGCUCUUACUGUACACUUACUUCUGUGCUUGAAACUACUUGUUAAUAGUUUUUAUUGACGCUGUCAGCAAUAAAGGACACAUAGCUGCUGUAUUACACAUUGCGGAAUUGAAAUAAACAGUUUAAUUUUUUUUCUAGUAUAGAAUACUUAACGCUUCACUAUUAAGGGAGAAAAUAGUAUGGGUGUUUUAUAUGGCAUCUUGUAUUAAAGGGCAGUUUUUUCCCUUUUUGGUAAAAACUUUUCACUGAAUUGCAUCUAAACUAUGUAACAAUUUUUCUUUAAUAAUAAACUCAUGUCAUAUAUAGUGCUUAAGCAGUGUUUUUGAAUUAGAAAGUGAUCAAAUGUAAAAGCUAAAAUUGCAAAAAGCCCAGAAAACAAAAUAGUGCAUUAAGCUAGUUUAAUAUAUAAAACAGAUUUAUAAGAUUUUCUUAAUAUAGAUACCUCACUUGAAAAUAAAGCACAGCAACUUACAGAAGUAGUUUUAGUAGAAAUAUCCUUCUAAAAUAAUUGCUUAAUCUAGGACAUCUUUGGGGGAUUUAUAGUUUGUGAGAAAUAUAAUACUGCUUUUAAUCCUUUUAGAAGAUUUGUUCAUCCUGAUAAACCAACACAGUAGUUUUUUAAUGUUAUUUCUGAAUUUCUAACCUGUUAAGGCAGUGAAUAAAAUACCUGUUCUGCAGCAGUUGAAAUAAACUGUUGACUACAUUGACCAUAAUUCAAUAUAAAAUUUUGCCAAUGAUGUACAGUUUUAUGGUUACAAUUGCUGUGGUUGGUUGCAUUAUAUGACACACAAAACUGUCCUCUACCUCACGUGAAAUAAAUAUUUUAUAUGGUUUUAUAAACCAAGGCUCAUCUAUCUGCUCGCUUAGUUUAGGUGAGCAAGACUCAUCUAUCUGGUCACUCAGUUUACAAAUUUUGAAUUAUAUUUAUUGAAACAUAACUGCUCUUAGCUUAUACCUCAAUUGUAUUUCGUGCUGUUUUCCAUUUUCAUGCCUUGUAAAUAACUUGUAAAGAUUGUGAUUUAAUUCCAAAUAAAAUCUUGUAAUGCCAAUGAAACAGAUUGAAAUCA